AUGGUAUCAUGGUUGUGGCCUGUGACAAGCCUGGGAAAAAAACCACCUACCAAAAAUGAGGUCCAAUUAAUGAUUGAAGAAAUUUUAGCAGCCAAAAUAAAAAUUGGUAAAAAAGAGAGGCGAGAUUAUUAUCUCAUCAAAACAUAUGAUGUCCUGUGCGUUACAGAUCAAAAGUUUUUGAUUUAUAAAAAAACUAAUGAAGAUGAAGACAUAAGGUACGUUGUACCAUACGAAGAGUUGUACGAACGUAUUAAGGAUUUUCACAUUAAAACGGGACAUGGUGGAAUUGUUAAAUUACGUAUGUCAAUGGGUCAUAAAUACAAAAUUCCGAGACCAGCAAUAGAAAAGUUUUUGUCUGUAUGUGCAAUAUGUAAUUCAAAGCAAGUAGCAAAUCGGAAACUAGUUAUCAAACCAAUUGUAACUAAAGAUUUCAAUGAAAGAGGCCAAGUCGAUUUAGUCGAUUUCCAGUCAACACCUGAUGGUAAAUAUAAAUGGAUCAUGAAUUAUCAGGACCACAAUACAACAUUUUUAUUAUUGCAUCCACUUGAAAGCAAACGGGCUAUAGAAGUGGCAAACAAAUUACUCACUAUUUUUCUUACAUUUGGAGCCCCUAAAAUACUCCAGAGUGAUAAUGGACGGGAAUUUGUUAACUCCAUUAUUACGGAAUUAAAGGAUAUGUGGCCACAAUGUAUGAUAGUCCACGGCCGACCACGUCAUCUCCAAAGUCAGGGAAGUGUUGAAAGGAGUAAUCAAGACAUUGAGAAUAUGAUUCGUGCUUGGAUGAGGGAUAACCAAUCUAAAAAAUGGUCACUAGGAUUACAAUUUGUACAGUUUCAAAAAAAUUCGUCUUUCCAUCGAAUAAUAGGACGAUCGCCGUAUAAAGCUUUAUUUGGAUCUGACCCGAAAAUUGGAUUGUCAUCUUCAAAUCUUCCAUCGGAAAUAAUAAAAAAACUAACCGCUGAAGAACAUCUUGCAGAAAUUUUAAACAAUAUUCAACCUGAACAUGAAAAAGAAGAAAUUACAUCAUAUUGUAGCAGUUGCAAUACAGAAAUGUUAACUGUGGUUGACAGUGGAACUAUUAUUUGUGAUUUAUGCAAAACUAGUGAAAAAAUAAGCAAACAACGUCAACUUGGAUAUCAAGGACAAGAAAAAGCAGCUGAAAAAAUGUUAAAGGUCAGCCAAACCAGGAUUCCUAAUUUAAAAAUUGGUGAUUGCGUCUUGAUAACAGUACCUAAAGUAGAUCGAGGACCUUCAGAUCCCAAUAAUGUAUUUGCAGUUAUUGUCAAUCAGAACAAACAUAAACUUCACCAACUCGGAACUCAAUAUGGUUUAGCAAAAGGGUGGUACAAUUCAGCAA